GGAGGAACGCGCUGCUCCGGUGCUGAGGCAGAAAGCUGGAGGAAGGGCAGGACAGCAUCACCCGCUUCUCCAUCUGCCUCCAUUAACAUACAGCCAUAAAGAACUAUGGGAGGCGUAGCGUUGGAUACGGGCGACUCGGGGGUGAAGGCUCCAGAUGGAGGCUGGGGCUGGGCAGUGCUGGCCGGCUGUUUUGUCAUCACAGGCUUCUCCUACGCUUUCCCCAAAGCGGUCAGUGUCUUUUUCAAAGAGCUGAUCAGAGAGUUUGAUGUCGGAUACAGUGACACUGCAUGGAUCUCCUCCAUUCUGCUGGCCAUGCUCUACGGCACAGGCCCCCUGUGCAGCGUGCUAGUAAACCGCUUCGGCUGUCGUCCAGUCAUGAUGGUGGGCGGCCUCUUUGCCUCUCUGGGAAUGAUUCUGGCCUCCUUUUCCACCAGCAUCAUCCACAUCUACCUCUCCACUGGAGUCAUCACAGGUCUUGGAUUAGCCCUGAAUUUCCAACCUUCUCUGAUUAUGUUAAACCGCUACUUCAGUGAGAAGCGUCCUCUGGCCAAUGGCCUUUCAGCAGCAGGAAGCCCUGUGGCCCUGUGCUGCCUCUCACCACUGGGCCAGGUCCUUCAGUACCAAUAUGGAUGGAGGGGCGGGUUUCUUAUCUUGGGUGGUAUCCUGCUUAACUGCUGCGUGUGUGGGGCCCUCAUGAAGCCUCUGGUCGCCCCAAAGAACCUCAAGGCCAAGAACUUAGAAGAAGACAAUGACAAGGAGAUAGAGGAGAAGGAGAAGAAGAAGAAGCCAAAAGCCAAACUGCUGGACUUCUCUGUCUUCAAAGAUGGCGGUUUUGUCAUCUAUACUGUGGCAGCAUCCAUCAUGGUGCUGGGGCUGUUUGUGCCUCCUGUGUUUAUUGUUAGUUAUGCUAAGGAGCUGGGAAACGAAGACACCAAAUCUGCUUUACUGCUUUCCAUCCUGGGAUUUAUUGAUAUCUUUGCACGGCCCACGUGUGGUAUAAUUGCUGGACUGAAAUGGGUCCGGCCUCGCUGUGUCUACCUCUUCAGCUUCGCUAUGCUCUUCAAUGGAGCCACUGACCUGAUCGGCUCACAGGCCAAAGACUAUUCAUCCCUGGUGGUCUUCUGUGUCUUCUUUGGCAUCUCCUAUGGCAUGGUGGGUGCCCUGCAGUUUGAGGUUCUCAUGGCAAUAGUCGGUACAGAGAAGUUCUCCAGUGCCAUUGGCCUAGUGCUUCUCAUGGAGGCCAUCGCUGUGCUGGUGGGGCCACCUGGCGCAGGCCGGCUGCUUGAUGCCACCAAGAAAUACAUGUACGUCUUCCUGCUGGCAGGAAGCGAGGUGGUCCUCUCAGCUGUGGUUCUGGCUACCUGCAACUUCCUGUUUAUCAAAAAGAAGCCCUCAGAGCCAGCUCACAAACUUGAGUGCAUCGCAGUCACAAAUGACACCAGCACGGAGGUGUGCAGCAGGACAGCGGAGGUGAACAACGAAUUGGAGAAGGGAGAGAGAGAGGAGCAAGAGAAGGAGACGAAGAGGGAGGCAUCACAGGAGUUGAAGGAGGAGGAGCAAAAGGACAAAGAGAAAGUAGAUGAGGUCAGGCCCAAGAGUGUAACAGUGGACUCACAGGAAGUGGAAAGGUUCCUGAAAGAACCACAACUAAAUGGUGGCAUGGCACCCAGCCCUGAAACAUGCCUGUGAACAGAGGUAGAAGACACUGGAUGGGAUUAUGAUCCACACAGCUCAGUGAAGUGUAAGGGACCAUGCUGCACCAUACCGGAUAGGUCUGCUUUCCCCAUUAUGUAGUGUUUAAUCCAGAUACGGCCGACGGUGUGGUGUCACUGCCAUAAGAAAUACUAAUAGUUAUGUGAGCAAUAUUUUAUCUCUAGAUGUUUUUGAGUGUGGUUAGUUGUCACAGCACUGCCUUGUGUAUACAGUUCAUAAUAAAAGCCACCAGCAAAUAAAGUUGAGGGAUAAUUCAGUUUAGUCUGAAGUGCUUUUGGGUGAAGGUCCCAAUCUCUCUUGCCCUCCCCGACUAUCACUCAACAGGUGUUUUCAGCUCACUGAAGUCUAUGUGUUUGACUGUGGCUAACUGUUGUCAAGCUUAAUGUGCUGAGUGUGUUGUUUGUCCCCAAAAAGCCCAGAGUUACACUGCAAUACAAAUAAUAUACAGAUGGGAUGCAGCACGUUUGUGUGGACCAAAGGACUGGCUGAGAUGUGGCUUACUAGUAGGAUGAAACAGGCCUCGACUUACUGACGACUAUAAAGCUUUUUCCUCAUGUUGCCUACGUGCUUUGCAUCGCCUGUACUGUUUGUGAGUGUUUCAGUGGAACCGAAUAUUAAAGGGAUCGUUUAGUUUUUGUGUCACUUAUUUUAAAUAAAAAAAAAAAAUGUAAGUAAAACCAGUGAAUGUUUGAAGGAUGGCAGAAAAAUCAUGGAAGUAACUCCCGGCCUUUUUUUUUUAAUGCACAGAACUGUUGGAGUUAUGGUCAGAAUUCAUCAUAAUCAGUACAACCAACAAUGCAAGUUUUGGUAGACUGUCCUCAUAUCAGCCUCCUUUAUCAUGUUAAAGGUGUUGCUCGCAGUGAAAACUCCGCCCGAUCCUGGAGUUUUGCUCCACGUCUUACUGCUAAUGCUGUGCCUCACAGCCACUUUCCAGGAAGCUGUUUUACAGUGAAGAGAAAAACUCAAAGUUAGCAUUUAGCUGGUGAGAAUCAUGACUCCUCUGGUAGAUAAAGGACCAUAUAUUUUUGAUUAUAUCUAUUAUAUUUCUCAGAUUUGGGCAGAGACCAAAAACAGGGCUAAAAGAGGGGGAUAUUUGCAGCUGCGUUCCUUCAGAGGUCAAAUACAACAAUGAAUGAAUGCUGCUGUAUGUCCAGUAGACGUCUAAAUAAAACUGUUUGCUAACACCAUUAUUUUAAGUAAAAGCUUGGAACCAAACUGGAUCGUUACCAUCAUUCAGUAAGCAUCUAUUUUGUUUUUACUGGCCUGGAGGCAGCAGCUGGGUGAGCACUGAGAUCUGUGUAUCCAUGGUGAUGGAUGAUCUCUCAUGCAAAGAAGAGUGAGUGUGACUUGAUGUGCCAUUUGGAUUAGCAAAGGCCCAUAUUGGCUUUAUUUGGAUCGGUUAAAAGGAUGACUGGUUAGCAGGACAAUCUACCACAACAACAAUCUACCUGCAAUAAAUGCUGGAUGAAGUGCGUAUUGUUUCCUUUAAACUCUGACAUGUUGUAUGUUGUGUUUUAACCGACAGACCGUGCAGCUGAAUAUUACGCUUUUCUCUUUCUUUUGUUGCCUAAUAUAAAAAGAUAAGUGUGUGUGGUUUGAAUGUAGAGUUUGUACAUUUGUGCGUGAGGCUGCAGUUAAAGCGGUGGUGAUGAUCGUGAGAGCUGUGCUUACAUGUACUCGAGCCCUGCAGCUGCUUCAGUAACCUGCUGGUUUUUGUUUUUCUUCCAUUAACUGUACCGUGUUGGCUAAUAAUCCUAAAAUGAAAUGAUGUCUCUGUUGAGUCACUUUCGCACCUUUCUACUAACUCCUGCUGAAUGUCACUGAUGUCAGUCAGAUCGGACCGAUCCAGACUUGGUUUUCUGUUCUAAAUGGUUAGAACAGAUGUGUUCUAAUAGAGAAACCUGUGUACGUGUCUUGACUGUAAAAAUGUCACCUAAACCAAA